AUGUCUCCCUCGUUAGAUAUCCCUCAAGCGGGCUUAAAGCUUGAGAGUAACCCUCCCUCCAACAAGUCUGCUACAAAUAUUACACCUGCUAUCGGCUUGACUUUGAGCGAUGGAAUGAUUGAGGACAUGAUCAAAUGUUUUCAAAAUGGAAAACCAAUAGAAUUAUCGUUGGGUGGAAGUCCCAAUUUAAUAUAUGGCAACAAAUCUCACAUCCUUUCUACCUACCACGAUCCAUUUCAAUACGAAGUAUUCCAGACUGCGGAUCCCCACGAUACGACCUCGGAUAUGUCGAAACCAGAGACACUGACUGAGCUCAAAUUAGCCCACAAGAAGUUCUCGGGACCCGGGGCGCAACCUCGUUACAAGGCGGACAACUUUAAGGCGAGUAAGAAACCUGCUCCCGCAACUGCAGGGGAGGAUACAGCAUUGGAAAAUUUGAGGGAGUCGAUGGCUACCGCUCAGGCGAAGAAGGACGGAAAUACUACAAAAAUCAUCAAUCAGGUACCGGGGAAACGAGGAGCGGCCAAGGUUACGACUAAGUCGAAAUUUUUGAAUAAGGGGCUCGGAAGCGAUACGGCCAGGUCGAUGCCAGUCAGCCCCGCUCUCUCUGGGCUGGGAAGUCCAGCUCAAGGUGUGACUAAGUCUCUUUCCCAACAACAGGCCGAAUAUGCCAAGAGCAGUAGAAAGCCAGUAGUCCACCUACUUGCCCUCGAACCAAUGACCGAGAAAGAACUCAACAAUCGAAUACCUGGGCCGAAAGAUGAUCUGAAGCAGGCAAUGUCGAAGGUGGGGGAUCUCAAUACAUCGACUGGAAAAUGGGAACUCCGUAAGAAUUACUACAAAGAGCUUGAUGUGUUCAAUUUCAAAUAUGGAAGCGAUGCUGAGCGUCAACGAGCAAUUGAUAAUGCGGUUAAGGUUUUUGAUAAGAUGAGAUUGGGGCUUUCGGAACCUGAGACCACCAGCAACGAAGACCAAAAAACUCAGCGAGAAGAGCUCAGCAAAGAUACUUCUAGAUCACCAAACAGCAGCAGCUACCAUGAGGUCAAAACCAGCAAAGAAGGAAGCCGAAAAGCCAAAAGCAUCAGCGGCGAAGCCUUUAUCUUCUCAGUUGUUAGUGAAUCUGACGACGAAGAGGUUCCAGCAAAGAAACCCCAAGUUACCAAGGCUCCCAUUAGGAAAGAUAAGGCCAAUAACAAACGUCUUCGCAAUGAGGAGAUGGACUCUAGCGAUUCGAGCCUACCAUUGAGUAAGAAGACAAAGAAGGAGAAUAUCAAUUCACAUCGAGUCUCAGAUGCUAGUCAAUCCUCCCGUCCUAGUUCCAAUUCUACGACUUCCUCGUCAAACUCCUUCAAAGGAAAAGCGAACUCUCCACAAAAAUCCUCACCUUUAGCUUCCUCUCCACCAACGAAUGCAUCAGACUUCGAACAUACGUCUUCUGGUGAUCGAUCGUCAUCUUCCGCCUCUCCGGCUAACCAUCGCACUUUGUCUAACACUCGCAACAAUCGAUCACCAAUUCACAAACGUCACCAGAAAUCGUCUAGUGUUGCCUCAUCAGUUUCAUCUACCGGUAGUACCCGUCAUUUGAGACCUGGUGUAUUGGAUCUGGCUCAAAAUUACAAAACAUUCUAUCCUAUCUAUUUAAAGCUUCAUAAUGAAUUGGCAACAUCGAAAGUCAAAAAUCCUACGGAAGAAGAAAACCUUCUCGCGAUGCAUGAGCGCUUGAGCGACUUGAAGAGACAGAUCUUGGAAGGAAUCAUUGAAGAAUAA